AUGAGUCAUGAGAAUCACGAACAUUCAUCCAGAAGAGCAAGGAUGAUGUCGUCUCUAUAUAGUUACAGCAGCUGCGUGGCGGAUUCUCGUCCUGGAUCCGCGCGAGGUAUCGCUGCUGGAACUGCUGCCAGUCUUCUUGGAAUGGGCAUAGAGCACCUAGACAGAAACAGCGAGGACAGUCUUCGCUUGACAGACGAGGAAUUGGAUCCUACGCUUCUGUCGGGAGAAAGCCACGGCAGAUCCAAGGAUCACAGGACUAAAGAAGAGAAAGAGCAAGGCCAUUUCAUGGACAGGUUUAUGGAAAGAUUGCUCCGCCAUACUAUAGCGGAGGAUUCGGCAGAGCUGGAACAGCUUCUGAGUAGAAUCAAUGAUCCAUCAAGAAGCGGGAAGCCGCAGCUAUCGUUUCGCAUCUUUGCCUCUAACAUGAAGCAGUUGAGUGCCCAGAUGGGUACGUUUUUCCGUCUCCAGUAUGGCUUGAUCCAUGUGCUCACAUGGAGAAAACCGACGAAAACUCUCACCUGCUUGGUGGUCUACACUGCAGUAUGUUGCUGGCCCCAUUUGGUUGUGGCAUUUCCGUUACUUUUUUUGCUAUUUGGUGUGAUCAUUCCAGCGCAUUUAUAUCGCCAUCCAUUCCAGAGACCAGAAAUCCUUCCUGUAAAGAAACGAGGCGAGUCGUUUUUGGAUUUCUUGAACAAAUCAGAUGACCAUAGUGUUGUUUUGGACCUUUUGAACGAGCCCAAAGAGGGAUUUCUGGACACUCAGUCCAUCAACAGCUCAUCAACUUCUGUCUCUUACGCCUCUACUCCUUUAACACUUUCUUCCGCUUCGGAGAAGACUACACCGGAAGAAUUGCGAAAGAAGGAUAAAUCCAAGUACGUGAAGUCACAAGUUUCAAUGCUUAUGAAUAUGCGGGACUUGCAGAACUUGACCACAGACAUUCUCGAAGCAAUGGAACAAGCAAAGCAACUCUCUACAAAUAUCGUGGGUUUCAAAGAUGAACGACUCACAACAUUUGUGUUUUAUGUCACAAUUGCAGUCACAAGCGUUGUUUUGUUGUUGGGCAAGUAUAUACCAUGGCGAGCGAUUUUCAUUUUCUCAGGCUGGGCUGGGCUUAUUUUGUGCCAUCCCAACACAAAGAAAUACCUUGUUGGAUUUGGAAACGCGAAAAGCAGUAAAGCUACCGAGAAGAAAGAGCCGAAACAACUUUUUCUCGACACAUUUGACUCGCGCAGCAUCAUUGUGGACGACGAGCCUGAAGUGAGAGUGGUGGAAAUUUACGAAUUGCAAGCACGCAAUAUCUUGAGGCGCAAAUGGAAACCACAUGCGUACUCCAAAAGAUUGUUCGACUGGAAAGAUCCUGUGAGAGUUGCAGGAAAACUACCACAUGGCGUCGACAAUCUUAGCAAAGUAUUACCUCCACCGGAAUGGAAGUACGACUUUGGCUACGCUAAUAACUGGCACAUUGACAUUGAGCCACAGAAUUUCUUGUGGCAGAGGGGGAUUGACAUGCAGCACUUGGAAUGUCCUUCAGACGAAACAGAAGGUUGGAUAUACGACAAGCUCCCAGCGGAUGACGAUAUCUCGACCGAAUUCAGAAGAAGACGUCUUUUCCGCGAGUGUUUCCGAUAUGCAAGGCCAGUGCCCCGUUUUAGUGUAGGUACAUAG